UCUGCGAAAAGGCAAACGCUCAACUCUCUCUUCCUCUCUCUCAUGGAGGCCUCUGCGACCGUUGCUUCCCGCCAUUGCCUCCCUUCUUCGUCGCUUCCAAUUCCCAAACUGCCACUUGCCGUUUCCAGAUUCUCUUCCCGGGCCUACUCCGCUCACUCACUCUCCUUUUCUUCCGGGAACUCAUUCACCAGAGAGGUAUGGGGAGCAAUAAAUUCCAAGGUCAGUGUGAACCACAGAAGGGAAAUGCGAGGCGUCGUGAGAGCAGAAAUGUUUGGGCAGCUGACUGGUGGGCUCGAAGCCGCUUGGAGCAAGCUCAAGGGAGAAGAGGUUUUGACCAAAGAAAACAUUGUGGAACCAAUGAGAGACAUUAGGAGAGCUCUUUUAGAAGCUGAUGUUAGCCUUCCUGUUGUUAGAAGAUUUGUUCAGGCCGUAAGUGAUCAGGCGGUUGGUACUGGUUUGAUCCGAGGAGUGAAACCAGAUCAGCAAUUAGUUAAGAUUGUGCAUGAUGAGCUAGUAAAACUAAUGGGAGGAGAAGUUUCUGAGCUGGUUUUCGCAAAAUCUAAACCAACUGUAAUUUUGUUGGCUGGGUUGCAAGGUGUUGGAAAGACAACUGUCAGCGCAAAACUAGCUUUAUAUCUUAAAAAACUGGGGAAGAGUUGCAUGCUAAUUGCUGGGGAUGUUUAUAGACCUGCUGCAAUUGACCAGUUGGUUAUUUUAGGCAACCAGGUGGGGGUGCCUGUUUAUGCAGCAGGAACUGCAAUUAAACCUGCAGAAAUAGCAAGGCAAGGUCUGCAGGAGGCGAGACAAAAGAAUGUCGAUGUGGUCAUAAUGGAUACUGCUGGAAGACUUCAGAUAGAUAAAGCAAUGAUGGAUGAACUGAAAGAGGUCAAAAGAGUAUUAAAUCCCACUGAAGUUUUGCUUGUUGUGGAUGCAAUGACUGGCCAAGAAGCUGCUGCCUUGGUGACAACAUUCAAUGUUGAGAUUGGUAUUACUGGUGCCAUUUUAACAAAGCUAGAUGGGGAUUCUAGAGGUGGUGCAGCCUUGAGUGUAAAAGAGGUGUCGGGGAAGCCAAUCAAGCUUGUAGGAAGAGGGGAGCGCAUGGAAGACCUUGAACCGUUCUAUCCCGAUCGCAUGGCAGGGCGUAUCUUAGGAAUGGGUGAUGUUUUGUCGUUUGUUGAGAAAGCCCAAGAAGUUAUGCGCCAAGAGGAUGCUGAAGACUUGCAGAAAAAAAUCAUGAGUGCAAAAUUUGAUUUCAAUGACUUCUUGAAGCAAACUCGUGCAGUGGCACGGAUGGGCUCGAUGUCUCGUGUAAUUGGAAUGAUACCAGGCAUGGGGAAGGUUACUCCUGCACAAAUUCGAGAGGCAGAAAAGAACUUGAAAGUAAUGGAGUCUAUGAUUGAAGCAAUGACUCCAGAGGAAAGGGAAAAGCCAGAACUUUUGGCAGAAUCACCUGCGAGGAGGAAAAGAAUUGCUCAAGAUUCCGGGAAAACAGAGCAACAGGUGAGUCAACUUGUAGCUCAACUUUUCCAAAUGCGCGUACGCAUGAAGAACUUGAUGGGUGUAAUGGAAGGUGGAUCACUUCCUACAAUGAGCAAUCUUGAGGAGGCCCUGAAGGCAGAACAGAAGGCUCCCCCUGGUACAGCAAGGAGAAAGAGAAGAUCAGAAUCAAGGAGGCAGUUUGCAGACUCAUCCGCACGGCCCAAUCCUCGUGGUUUUGGGGCAAAAAAUUAAGCAAACUGUUUGUUUCAAAAUCUCAACUAUCCAUCCACACAGUUGAUUACCAUUUCUCGGGCGAACACUAAUUUCACAGCACAUUGUCAGAAAUUUUACAGCUAGAAUUCUUGCAUAUCUUCCCUUCAUCGUUAAGAGAAAGUGCUGUUGAUAGCCGCUGUUGGAGGUAAUACAUUUUAAGAAGAAUGCAGUGUAUGUUUGUAGGUGGAAUAACCAUUGUGCUGUCUCUCAGUCCCUGUAAAGCUAAUUUUCUGUUACUUAUUCAGACCUGGCUCGGCUCAGAGUUAAAUAUCAACUUGGGUCUCUGAGGAGAAGGAACAUUAUUUCCAAGACAGGUUUAUGACUAAGGUUUCUGUACUUUCCCCAGAAAAUUAAGUGACAGCAUUGAGCAUAUUAUAUAGUUCACCGUUGUCGUCA